AUGGACUCUGCUGCCAUCCGAAACCUGGAUAUUACAAGUAAUGAAAGUCGAAAUUCCCUGAAACUCCUACAGGAUGCAUUACAAAGUGCCGAAAUCAAGCAUACCGAGGACAACGGAAAUGUGCACUACUUAGACAAAAGUCUUGACAACAAAGUUUUAUCUCUGCUUAAGUGCCUAGAACUGACGGGCCUGGGUUACACAGCGUGGAAAGUUGUAACGAGGUUACCCAUAAGAAACAAAAUUGGUCCAGAAUACAUUAUCCCUAUUCUCUCUAUCCCUGGAACUGAACCAAAACUUGUCCCUCGAGACAGAUUACAUCCGGAAACUCACAUCUAUCACGAUAAAGCAGUGGACAUACACCUUGGUUCAUAUUUGUAUCAUGAUGGUCCUGUAGACCUUCUUCCUGGACUGACAUGCCUGUUUGUCGGAAUUCCAUCUUGA